AUCGGGGUACCGAGGAGUCUAAUUGCGUAUAUGGCAAUUUCAAUUGAUCCGCGGGGACCAAUCACGCUGCGGCGAUCAUUCCUGGCGCUUGCUCUCUCACCUCAUGGGCCAAACAGUGGACAAAUCUGCAAAGGUUGCUUACGGGCAAGUAUCCUGAAGCCUGUGGACUGGCGCAGCUGGCCUUGCUGGGACACUUGCUGUUGGGCAAAGUUUCGGCGUCCAAAGUGGUUGUGCGAAUCGGUGAGCCCGAGCCGAGCUGGGGCGCAUGCUUCCCUUCGUUUUGUCCGAAUGACCCCAUUACUCUCACAAUAUAAGACUACAUCUGCCCCGAAUGAAUUCUAAAUCGCGAUUCGCGGGAGCUCAUCCGGUGACUGUCUAGGUCACCGUCGCUGCUACCCUUACGAGGCGAGGAUCCCGGUUUACACGAUUCUAGCUCGGAAUGUCCUGGGAAAUAUCUCCUUCGCGCGAUUCCCAGUCGCACAGAGAAUCACCGCAGACAGACAAGUAUGAGCUUCGGUUCGAAUCUUGAAAUCGCGCUGCAAGGGGCGCUCAAGAGCUUGCAGCCUGUGCCACUCUCCGACGGCUUUUCGACCGGCAUCUCUCUAGAUCUGGCCGACAGAGCCUGUCUUCGCACCGAUCAUCCCGAGAACAUAACGCGAUCGUGCAUUAGCCCGAUCGUGUCUGCUCAAUUGGAUCGUUUCGUCCGAUCACGGUCCUCUUGGCCAAACCAAGCGAACAUUUCCAGCUUGGUUUUUCUUAGCUACGCAUCGUGGAUUAUACCGCAUCUUACUGUGGCCCUAGCAGGUUAUGUCGCCCACUGACUGUCAUGUGUCUGCCCAUUCAGGGACUGCGAGAAGUUUGGUUGUGAUGGUUUGCACCCUGUUAACACCUCGUCAACGUGUUGUCUCAUGCUUGUAGAUACGUGGACA